CCCUGUGUAUAGGAGUACUACCUCCCUUUAACACAAUAACCCACCGUGCGUACGCUGCAUGAUUCUGCAUUUUCUCCUUCAAAUAAAAGAAGAACAGCUCGUGCUUGAGACAGAAAUCAGGUCUUAAACAUUUUAUCUAAAGGAUGGCUGUCGAAAACCUGCUUCCGGGCAACUUUGGCUAUGCAAUUUUUACGUAUUUGUAUAGUUUUGUCAUGCUAAUGUAUUUGGGGGUCAAAGUUGGUGGUGCACGGAAGAAGUUUGGAGUAAAGUAUCCCACCAUGUACAGUGAUAAGGAACAAGUCUUCAACUGUAUUCAGAGAGCCCAUCAGAACACACUGGAAGUUUAUCCACAGUGGCUGGUGUUCCAGACUAUUGCUGCAUUAGAGUAUCCUAUUGCUGCUUCUGUGUUAGGAGUCAUCUGGGUUACGAGCAGGUUCUCUUAUGCCUGGGGUUACUACACUGGUGAUCCUGCUAAGAGGAUGAAUGGUGCAUAUGGAUACAUUGGGCUGUUUGGAGUCAUCCUGCUUUCCAUCUCUAUUGCUCUCCAACUGCUUGGAGUGUUUUAAGGGAAACACCACUGGGGAAAUGCCACAUAAAACUAAUACCUGGCACUUAAUGUAAUUUUCAGCUGUACUUUUUCACUUUUUUACUCUGUUUCUUAAUUAUAUUGUUCCAUCCCGUAGCUAUUAUAUGGUAUAAAAUAUUUCAGCAAAUGUAAUCAAAUUUUUAGGCUUUCAUAUACUUUCUUUACUUACAUUUCAAUUAGGGUGACAAGAUAAUCAUUGCAUGGUGUUUAUGUUCAGAUGUUCUGGGUUUAAGUUCAGCCUGUGUUAUUUCUGUUUGUGGACCACCGUUUGUACAGAGCAUUUCAGGUGUGAAAUUGUGACGUAGGGAAAAUAUCAGAUAGAAAGAUAGUCACCCUAUGUUAUUUGAUUAAAUUCAAACAAAUGAAUAAUAAAAUGUCUGUGAUUUAAACAAA